AUGGGUCCUCUACGUGGUGAAAUCCAUGAGAGGAAGAUCAUGCUGAGCGUCUGGUGGGGAGUUCAUGGAAUCUACCGUUUCGAACUGCUGCCGGACAACACGACAGUUACUGCCGAAGUCUACAGCGCUCAACUGCAAAGACUGGCCGACAAGAUCCGCAAGGAGCACUUGAAGCUCGACAACAUUCGACUGCUGCACGACAACGCGCGCCCUCACAUCGCGAGGAACACUUCCCAGAAAAUUCUGAAGCUCGGAUGGAAAGUUUUACUGCACCCACCGUACAGCCCGGAUCUGGCCUCGAGCUACUACCACCUCCUCCGAUCGUUUCAGCAUCACUUGGAAGAGGAGCGAUACGAUGAUCGUGACCACCUCGAAAAUGACGUCCGGGCUUUCUUCGCCUCCAAGUCGCCGGAGUUCUACGCCAAAGAAAUCCGUGAUCUUGCGAGAUGUUGGCAGAAGGUUGUCGAUGUUGAUGGAGAUUAUAUCGUCGAAUAA